AGCCUGGAGUGCGAGCCAACAGUGGAAGCACAAGGAAGAGAGGAAAGCAAGCAGGAUCAUCGCUGAAAUGGCCACCAAACUUGUGGAUCUGGUGUAUUGGCGGAAAAUGAGGAGGACCGGUGUGGUGUUCACGGGGCUGGUGAUCAGUCUGGCCAGUCUGUUCCAGCUCAGUGCCAUCACUGUGCUGUCCCACAUCUGUCUGGGUGUCAUGAGUGUCACCUUCACCCUCCGUCUUUACUAUAAACUGCUGGAGCUGCUGCGCUGGAACCCCGGGGUCCAUCCCUUUCAGUCGUAUCUGGCUAACGACAGCUCAUUGACAGAUAAGGAGACGGUGAUGCUGGUAGAGGAGGUGGUGCUGUUGAUCGCUUUUGCCUUCACAGAGAUCAAACGCCUGCUUUUCAUCGAGAGCAUGAUUGACUCUCUUAAGUUUGUUGUGCUCCUGUAUCUGCUGACCUAUGUCGGUGUUGUAACCAGCGGACUGACUCUGGUGAUAACUGCUGUGAUCGUUGUUUUCUCCCUUCCUCUGUUGUACAAAAAGCAGCAGAUGCGGAUAAGGAGGAUGGUUAGAGCGGUCAAAGCUUUUGUAAAGAGAAUCAAAAACCUGUGCCUCAGUCUGUAUGAUUCAGUGAGACCCUCUCCUGCUCCUGCACCCGGCCCAAAACCUGCACCCACAGCUGCACCUGCCGCCCCCAAACAGAAAGCCAAAUCAAAGUAACUUGUUGGUUGCGUGUUGGAAGCACCCAGGAUUAGGAAUUUGGAAAAUGUUGGAAUGGUACAUCCUCUGUGGGGCUGCUUUGAGGGGCAGUUAAUUUCCAUUUCUCCACAAUAAUGCUUGUUUAUGGGAGAUUUUAUUGAUCCUGACAGCUAAAACAAAGCUGCCAUUCAUGCACCGAGAAAGAGUGGAAGUGUAUGAGGAGAGAAUUUUAUUGUUGCUUUUUGUGGGCAGCGUUUAAUAUAACCAGUUCACACAGUCAUCUUCUCCAAGCAGGGACAGAAUACCACUGUUUUUUUCCUUUGAUAACAAGUCUAUUUUUAGCUCACAACCCAGUGAACACCAUGUUCCUGUUGAGCUGCAGAAUUAUUCAUAGCAAAGCAGUGAAGCAUUAUUGCUGCGUUCAUUAUGUAGCAUCAUAUAUUGUUAGGUGGAUAGAAUAAAACUGACAUGAACAUCCCCUGCCAUUAAUUAACAUUAAUGGCUUUGCAAUGUUGCAGUAUUAGCAAAAGCUUUUUAAGCAGCAACACCUUACAACUUUUAAGAGACUUACAUGAGAAAUAAUGAGAGCAUUGUCCUCUGCUUGUCAUGCUUAUUGCAUUUAAUCAGGUACAAACACUGACUGCCUGCUGUUUCAGUAGUUUGGUGAUUAAAGGUACAAAGUGCAUCAACAAAAUAACUCUUAACAAGUGAGAGUCUCUCCAGGAGUUACUCCAGCUGUCUCCAGCAGUAACUCUAACUAAAAUUGGACUGGUUAGUAGGACAAAAAGACACAAUUUUGGGGCAAAAUACAGCAGCAUUAUUUUUUACUUUGCAGAUAAGACAACUUUAUUGCUGCUCUUACGUUUAAACUGCUGGUUAAGAGUUUCAAUUCUUUUGGCCACUCGGGCAACGGAAACAAGCUGUGAACAAAACGUUGAAACACUAUCACUCUCUGUGUCUACCAAAUUAAUAUAAGUCCAAUAUUUUCUUCUUUUUCAGCUCUGUUUUGCUUACCAGUUAGUGGUAAGGAAAACAGAGCUGACUACAACACUUGACACAACACUUUUUACAUAACCAACAGACACAGAACCAACAAGUCCUCCAACCCAUACGACCACAUAGGUUGUUUGUUCUUACCCUCUAACCCUACCCUUCGUUUUAACACCAACCUAACCAUAACCCUAAAUUAGUGCCCCUAGCGGUGGCAGGAGAUCAAAACAUCCUUGUACCUAAACAUAAUGGUUGCAGUUCUAAACACAUUGUUAACGUGGUGAAACAUUGCAGUUCAAUUAGAUUUAGGCAACAAAACUACUUGGUUAGGUUUAGGAAAGGAUUAUGGUUUGGGUUAACAUAAAUAUGUUUGUGAUGUAUUUUCAGUUAAGUAGGAAAGUAACUUAACUUAAGUAGUCUACGUAACUUAACUUAUGUAUAUAACUUACGUGACUUUUGGUUUCAUACGGGAAACAAACAGCGGUCUCCUAGGCAAAGGUCCUGUGUUUCUUUGACCCAUCCAUCCAUCCACCCCAACCUCCUCCCUAUGUGGACACGCUCUUUAUACUAACCCCUGCCUUCAUCCUUUGCUCCCGUCAUAAUUUCUAUUACCACUAAAGGUCGCUGACACAAUAAAUGUGAAUAUGGGUCAUAAUAAUAAUCUACAAACAACAAACAAACAAUCUAUGGGGUCGUUUUUGGGUGGAGGACACAGAACACAGAACAAUGUUAGCAUUCAUUUGGAGAUGUUUUUCCGGCCACCUGACAAUUGUUAGUAUCAUGAUGACACACCACCUGCACCCUGUUGCAGUUGCAUAAUUGUGUGUGAACCAGCUGCACAAUAAGCUGCCUUAAGAGGACAUUUCAGUAGAUAAAACUACAAUCUACAGAUUUAAUACCGUUUGUAAAAUAUUUAUUGUCAUUAUCAGACAUUAGACAAAAAUCCAGUUACUUAUAUAAAGAAUUGAGACACAAAAAUAGGUCAAUGGACUCAUCUGGUCUCACUUACUAAAAACAAAUCAUUAAAUGAAGCAGCAUCACAACAUGUCGCUGACAGCUUGCGAAGAGAAAUGUGCUUGAGGGGCAGUUUGAUGAGGAGGUGGAGGUCACUGCAAAAACAAGGCAAAAGGAAAGCCAUAAAAUUCCGUAUUUAGACUAUUCUGUCUCUUGUGCAUUUUUAGGCAUUUCAUGGCAAUGUCAACAUCCUGAAGAUAGAAUGAUGAAGUAAAUUACAUUUGAAUCAAUAACUUUCUCUUUGAUAUUUCUGUCAGUCCAUAAUACAACAAUUGUAUACUUCCAGCGAGGAUCUGAUGUUUGCAUGUCAAUGCAGCUGGUGGCUGACACAAGUCCAUGUCAACAUUUUCCAAAUCAACCAAAAAUGUGUUCAUUGUUUGUUCCUAAAAAUACAUAACUAAACCAUCACCUUAAAAUUACACAGAACACCUCAUAAAGUAAAGUGUGUAAAAAACUGUGAGCAGUUAUUUCAAUGCAGCUGUUUAGCUGUUGGUGACCAUGUACUCUCUAGUGGUUGGUGUUUCAGACCUUACAACGCAGCUGCAUUCAUACUAACAUGUCUUAAUGAACUGAAGUUAUUUACUGUCGUUUCACAUUAUGGGCUUCACUAUUAGCUUUGGUAAUUUCAGUAUGUAGGAAAAAAAAGGGGUCAGUACACCUCAAUUAUAAAACCAAAACUAUUUUCACACUAUUUUCACUAUUUCUUUGGUAGACAGUAGUCGCUAUGAAAACAGCAAGAUUUAUAGAAAAGAGAGGUUCCUGUUAAACAAAUGUAACUUUUCACAGGUUUGAGCAACACAACCUCCAUUGUGCUGAGGAAGCAGCAGAUAGACAGAUACAGUAUCUCAAAACCUGGAUAUCAAAACAAUGUGAAUUGCUACUAGAAGUAAGGGAGAAAAUAAGUCUUUCUGUAAUUUGGGUGAACUGACCCUUUAAAGAUGCACCCACACAACAGCUUACCAUGGUAAGAGUUGAUAUCACUUAACAGAAAUAUUUAUAUCAUUUUUACUGCCUAUUUUUGGCUGUUGAUGUGGAAUUGACAUAUUUGUGAUCUUUUUUUCUCAGUGUUUGUCACUUAAUGCAACUGUAAAAUGUUCAACAAAAUAAAAGUGUAAUCAUGACGAGAAAGAAGCUAUAAGUGAGGCAUGACAGAGCUGAACCUACAUUGCGCUACAAUGUUUUAUCUGCUAUGGUUGUCACUUUUAUCUGUAUCUAGCCUUAUUUCUAUAGGUAUUUAUUAUUUUCUAUUGUUAUUUAUUGUUAUGCUGCUCCCCAAUAAAAGGUUAUUUACUAAAAA